AUGGAGCACCCAACCACAACCACAGCUGCUGAAAACAGCCCCAAGACUACGAUCGAGACUAACAACUUCCACGAGGUGCUCAAGCACUUCGACGCUGAAGGACGUAUCAUCGACCAUGAGACACGAUUCGCCGUCCAGUGCGCCAUCUGCAUCGAGAGGAACCUGAGCCUUCUCAACGACCGCUUCGAUACCAAAAGCCGUGCCACGCAUGAGCCGUACACCGUGCUGCCCUGCGGCCACGCUUUCGGAUAUGAGUGUGUAUCGAACUGGGCUCUCCAUCGCGAGAUGCCGACAUGUCCAUUGUGCCGCAAGGCCAUCUACGCUCGCGCAGGCCAGCGAAGUACCUUCAAGAUCUUUGGCGCGGGUACCUCUGAAGAGCAGCAUGAGGAGGUCGUCGAGGUGCGCAGGUUUCUCGACAGAGUAGGCCAGGCCGACGAAGUUGCCGAACCAGAGGAAGCAAUGUUUAGUGCGGACGGACUCGAAGGUCUCUUUGCCAAUGCGCGGGCAAAUGGACCAUUUCCUCGCGUAGUGGCUCGGCCAGGAGGCUUCCGGGAAGGACGUGCCCGACGCCGUGCAACCCUACUUGAGGCGGCCCAACCCGAAGCCGUCGACGGAACAAAUCCUGUCCCCCUGGAAGGCCUUUCCUUGGAAGAUCCAUCUGACGCCGAGACAGUUGUGCGCCUCGCACGCGAAGCUCGCGCCUCAUCCGCAGCUAGCAUUGCAAUGGAGCAAACCCGCGCCGCCUACAGAAGAGCCGUAGCAGAAAACCGGGAAGAUUCAUCUGGCGCCGAGACAGUUGCGCGCCUAGAACGCGCAAGCCGGCAGGCUCGAGUCAUCUACGACGAGGCUGAAGCCGCGUACGACGCAACCUACAACACAGCCUCGAGAGCAGCUCGAAUCGCCUAUGACGAAUUUAAUGCCGACCAUAGAGAAAACUUUUCUCCCUUGGAAGACCCAUCCGGCGCACCAGCUCCAGGUCCAGGUCCAGGCCCCCUUCCCCGUGACCCCACGCAGGAGGCCCGCGACGAGUUUGCACGCCGGGACGACCAAUACAUUACAAGACUUUCCCAGUCUGAAGCUGGAAGCCGAUUUUGGGAUCAUUGGGAUAGCGACGAUAGCGACGAUAGCGACGACGAGGACGACGACGACGAGGAAGACCAUGCGAACGGCGUCUGGGUCCCCAACGUGAUUACUGACCCCACAGCCCGCCGCUGGACAGGGCAUGCCCUACUCCGUGAGUCUAUGCUUCGGGGGGUCCGAAAUGAAGUCAUACGCGCGCAAGAAGCCGUCAACGAGAUAUAUCCUCCCAUCCCAGGCCUGGACAUGGGAGUCACCUGGACAGACCCUCCCACCCCAGGCCUGAACUACCUAGAAUUCCUAGCCUACCAGGAAGAAGAAUGGCUUGAGGAGGCCCAACGCGAAGUCGACGAAGGGCGUUUAGAGAUUGAGGAAGGUCCAUCGGUCGCCGAGAGAAUCGUGUGGGCCGCGAGCCACAGAUCUGGCGCCCUCCACACAAUGGGGCAAGCCCAAGCCGCCUACAGAAGAGCCCAAGCAGGUUACCCUUCGGGUGUGUCCGGCGCCGCGCCGAUCCACGCGGCGCCGAGCAUCCCGAGACAGUUGUGCGCGCCGCACAAGCAAGCUUGGAGCAGGCUCGAGACGCCUACGACGAAGCUCAAGCCGCCUACGAGGCAGCCUGGGGAGUAG